AUGAUUCAAUGGCUGAUGCGAUGCAUUGUUCACACGCAGCCCAUUGGCUCCAGGUUGACUGCAUCAUCAGACGCGUCUCAGGAACAGCAGAGAAGAGCAGGUUCGCCAGGAGGGACCCGCGAUUGGGCUCUUGCUCAUCCUCCACCCUGUCAAAAUACAAGCAAAAGCCAAAGCUCCUUCUUCUCUCCGGACCUUUCGAUUCUUUCGCCCUUCCCUCUCCCAUCUCGGGUGCGGGACUCUGCAUCUGCCCCUCCAUUAGCAUACGCAGCAGAGAGGCAAAACAGAACUACGCUAGACCAUACAAUGUCCUACACUUCCUCCUCCCGCUUUUCCAGAUCACCUUCCCCCGCGCCUCGUACUAGACGACCCUCUCCAUUGGAAAGAACCUCAUUGCAUCUCCGUCUCAGCCUGCUCUCCGGCGAGAAAUAUGACCAGGAAAGCAGUGCCAAAGAACCCGAUCUCCGUCGCUGCCUCAGUCAUGCCCACAUCCACGCCAAGUCCAUGGCUAUGGUCAAGCGAGACAUUCGCGUCCACAUCCGCUCCAUGGGCAUGGCCAUGGACGAUGACAGCGACGAGGAGCUCCUUGAUCACGAAGUCCUCCCGCCGCCACCGUCGCGCCGAUCGUCCCGCAGCAGCUCCAAGUCCGCUGCGGCCCCACGGGUGACGGUGUCACCCAAACCCAGCGAGAAAUCGAGUCUGCUCGACAAGGGUCGCAAGUGCUUGGAGAAGCUUUUCCCUCGCAAGAACAACGUGCAUCUAGCUCAGUCUAGAGUUACCGUUGUCACUUGA